AUGGAAUUAUUCAAAAUUUACUUCAGCUUGUUGACCCUGAAAGUUUCAAUGAUAGUUUAUGCAGAUGACUUCGCUACUGCUCGUCAGAAGAUCAAUGAGACAAAACCGAACAUCAAUAGCCCUUAUGCAUGUUUACGUCACACAAGCAAAUUUCACCAACAAGCCUCGUUUUGAAAUUAAAAAUAAGCGAAGUUUCACAGAAAUGAAUUCCCAAGGCAGUAGAGUUGAAAAGAAUACCCACGCACAAAAAGUGCAAAUGCAAAAAAUUUUGUUCACAAACGAGGCUUGUUGGUGAAAUUUACUCGUCUGACGUAAUCAUGCAUAGGGGCUAUUACGACACCUUCUGUGGGGAAAAGAAAUCUGGAGAGGACAAAGUUGCUUGCCGCAUCAAAGAUGUUCCAACAAUUGGUUUUUUGGUUUGCAAAACGCCUAAAGUUGAAGAAGUGAUUUGCAGCGACGUUAUCAAAACUGAGGUCGAAAACAUUAAAACAGUCAGGUCGGCCAACAUCAAAACGGUGACGAUUUCUACACCCCGUAUAGAUGGUGUGAAGUGCGGUGAAGAUCAGAGUUUAAACUGCAGCGGCUUUCUGGAGGAAUGGAUAACAUCCGAGACUGGACGAUUCAAGCAUGUUAGAGAUCACAUUGACGGUAACACAGUCGCAAACUUGAUUAAUGAUGUGAAAAACUUUACUACUACAACCGGGUUGUCAACCACAGCUGCAGACCUGAAAAAAAUCAAGAACUAUAUGAUGAUCGACCCCAAUAAGAAUAAAUACCGCCAGAUCUGCGAUCUUCAGGGUUUUUUCCUGGUAAAAGGGGGUUUUCUAGUGGCUGAUGUUCCUGCUAUAGAGAAUGUAUCUAUCAGUGACCCCUGCUGGACCGGCGAACCUACCACAAAGAAAGUUAUCGACGCUCUGAAUGAAAUGAUCUCCAAGUUCAGUCCCACCUCGGCAAAAAGCAAUAGAAGUAUUAGCCGUUCAGGCCUCAAUUUUAACGCGUAUCUUCUUCUUUUUGGCAGCCACUUUGUUACAGUAAUUGUUGCUAGUUAUGUUUUAACAUAA